AUGCCAGGCCGCAAUGAUGCAGCUCCCCCGUGGGCGCCGCCGACCUGGUCCCCCGAGCCGUCCAUGGGCGUGUUGCCGGUCAUCACCAACCCAGAAGACUAUCCCGACCGCGCGCCCAGGAGCAACGCUGCGACGGCGGCCUCGGCAGCCGGCGUCCGCGCGCUGAGCGCCCAGGUCGUUGCCUUCUACUUCCGUGCCCCGGCAAAGGCCUUCUUCCGGACCCGCGUCGACUACCUGGCGUACGCGCGGACCGUCCACCACGAGCAGCUCAGGAGCAUGUUGGACGCCGUCGCCAGAGACCAGCCGGCCUCCAAGACGACGCUGUUGCUGCGCCACGCCUGGAUCUGGAUGAGAAGCACCACCCCGGGGGUCCUGACGUCGGCCGUCAAGCAGCAGGGAUGGGGCGUCAUCCCGCACCAGAUCCUGCCGCCUCUCGUCGCCAACGUCGGCGUCGGCGCCGUCCUGUACACCAGCUAUUUACACAUCCUCGGCCGCCUGCACGAGGAGAGCGCCAAGGCCACCGCGCGCGUCUACCCCCCGCCGUCGCCGGCGCACACGUUCGCGGCGGGCCUCCUCGCCGGCGGCCUCCAGAGCGUCCUCGCGGCGCCCCUGGACGCGCUCCAGGCGCGCUACGACCACCACGACAUGAUGCCCAGCGACGGCGGCAACCGGCCCCGGAGUAUGUGGAGCUUCGGCGCGGAGAAGCUGCGAGAGAUUGGGCUCCGGGGCAUCUUUGCCGGCUGGGGGCUGUCGUUUGCAAAGGACAGCCUGGGCAGCGCCGUCUUCUUCAGCACCUUCGAGUACGUCAAGGCCCAGGGCUACUACCGCUUCGUGACGUGGUACUACGGCGGCCUGGGCCAAGACACCGUCGACCUGAUGGCCGUGAAGCGACCGACCCAGCAGGACGAGGACGGCCAAGUCGCCGUCAUCCGGCCACACUACGCACUCGAGCCCAUGUUCCUGCUCGUCGCCGGCUCCGGCGCCUCCUUUUCCCAGCAGCUCCUCCUGCACCCCCUGACGCACCUCCAGGUCAAGCACUGGGACCACCUGGAGGACCUGGACGACAAGGCGGCCAGGUACAGGGCGUCGAGGGCCGCGAGCCGAGACCGAGACCGAGACCGAGACAGGCCCCCGCGGCGGUGGAGGAUGCUCCGGGCCUACUAUCACGCCUACCGGGAGACGUGGGCUGGGUGCACGGCCGAAGCGGCCGCCGAGGGGCAGCGCCUGGCGAGCUGGUUGUACCGCGGCUUCUGGUGGAACACCGUCAGGCAGGUCCCCAGCACCAGCGCGGGCUUGAUCAUCUUCGAACUGAUACGGCGCAAGUACGGAUACGGCGCGGACCAAGUCCGCAUCACAAAGGACGGGUACGACAUCCUGCUCAGCUAG